UCGAGCCCCUCAGUUAGUCUCUGGUUAAACACAGAGGCAGACGUGCGUUCCGGCAGUUGCAACCUUAUAGGGAGAACCACACUGCUUGUCAAAAUGAUCAAAAACCCGGUGGGCGAUCAAAAACGUCGCGUUUGUGUAAUUGGAGCCGGCACCGCGGGUCUGUGCGCCUUGAAGAACUCUUUGGAGUCGGGAUUGGAGGCGGUGGCCUACGAGCGGGGCACAGAGAUUGGCGGCACCUGGAUAUUCUCCGAGGAAAUGCCAAACAAUGUGUACGAUGAGGUUCACAGCAGCAUGUACCAGGGAUUGAGGACAAACCUGCCCAAGGAAGUGAUGGGGUACCCAGACUAUGCGUACGACAACGAUAUCGAGGACUCCUUCAUAACAUCCCAUCAGGUUUUGACCUUUCUUCGCUCGUAUGCGGAACACUUUAAGCUGGGCCCCCACAUCAAGCUCCAGCACGAAGUGAUAAGAGUGCGUCCUCGUUUGGAUGAUUGGGAGGUCUAUGUCUGGGACCACAGCACCAACACUUGCGACCCGGUCUACUACGACUUUGUGUAUGUCUGCAACGGUCACUACACGGAGCCAGAUAUGCCCGAGGUCGAGGGGGCGGAACUGUACGAGGGCAAGCUGAUGCACAGUCACCUGUACCGCAGGGCGGACAAGUUUAAGGAUGAAAGGGUUCUCAUCAUUGGCGCCGGUCCCAGUGGCAUGGACAUCACCAAUCAGGUCCGCAUGGAAGCCAAGCAUGUUUACUUGAGCCACCACUUGGCCACUGCCCCCAACACAGCAUUCAUGGGGAAUGUGACGCAGAAAACGGAUGUGGAGCGAUUCACAAAAACUGGGGCCAUCUUCAAGGACGGCAGCAGCGAGUCCUUCGACCAUGUGAUGUUCUGCACCGGCUACAAGUACACAUUCCCCUGCCUCAGCACGGACGUGGGCAUCCAGGUGAUAGACAACUUUGUGCAGCCCCUUUGGAAGCACUGCAUCAACAUCAACAAUCCGACGAUGGCCUUCAUCGGGCUGCCAUUUAAUGUCAUACCCACGCACAUAUUCGACAUGCAAGUGCGUUUCACGCUCAAGUUCUUCACGGGCCAGCGGGAGCUGCCGGCGCGGGAGCAGAUGAUCGCCGAGCUGGAGAAGGAGAUUGGCCAGCGGUGGGAGUGUGGCUUCUACAAUCGCAAGAAGGCCCAUCAAAUGGGCGAGCGACAGUUUGACUACUACAACGAGCUGGCUCGUAUGGCGGGCAUAGAUAAUAUCAAGCCUGUUAUUCUCAAAUUGAUGAAGGACUGCGGCAAGAAAUACAUUUUUGAACUGGAUACAUAUCGCAGCAACCGCUAUACGAUCGUAGACGACGAGAACUUUUUGAAGAAUGGCAAAAUUAGCAAUUAAGCUUGUUGCGUCCCUCAAUCCCGUACUUUUAGCGUAUAUGUAGUCAAAUAUGUCUAAAUAACUCAAUAAAUCGUGAAUGCUCUUAAACCAAAUAAAUACAAUA